CUUUCUCUCUUUUUCUUUCUUUCUCAGAAACCACAAUACAACGCACAUCCAUACCUCCUGUUCACCCGUUCCCAGGCCACGUAUAUACUCCAUAUAGCAUAGUUUAGUACAAGUACACCACGCCAGCAUAACGCUCUCGUUUGUCUUCAAUGACCAAUCUCCACAGCCAGGCUGUGGACAAAGCCAAUGGCCAUAGUAACGGCCAUGACAAAUCCAGCAGUAGUAACAGUACUAGUAGUAGAAGUAGCAGUAGCCAUCGUUCUGUCAUUCCGGGAGUCCAUGAAGUAAAUGAAUCCAAUGUGCCUCCGCCCAUGUACAAGAUCAUUCGAUUCUUCUUCAAGAUGUGUCUUCAUUCAUUCUAUAGCAAUGUUGAAGUCGAGGGAACUGAGAAUAUUGCUCCGGACAACUAUCCUGCUAUCCUUGUUGCAAACCAUAGCAAUAGUUUAACGGAUGCAAUUGCCAUCUUGGCUACAGUUCCUCCCACCAGCCGCAGUAUGCUCCGAUUGACUGCAAAGGAUACUUUUUGGCAUAAGCCAGGUGUCUUUAACUAUGUGAUCAAGAGUGCAGGCACAAUCCCAAUUAAACGGCGUAAAGACUAUGAUAAUCAAAAAGUGGACAAUACAGAUGCUAUGGGUGCAUUGAUCGAUAGUUUAGGAACCGGAAGUUGUGUUUGUAUGUUCCCUGAAGGCAUUUCACGAUACCAUCCUCAGCUUGCGCCCUUCAAGGCCGGCGUUGCCAUGAUUGCCAGUGAUACAUUGUCGCGAUUUAAAGACAAACCCGAUUUUUCACUAACAUUGAUAACAACAUCCAUUAAUUACUUGCACCGCGAGAAAUUCCGAUCAGAUGUCGUGGUCACAUUCCAUGCACCGAUUGUCCUCACACCUGAACAGGACACUAAACUGUAUUCAUCCAACAAGGAAGAACGCAACGAAGCCAUCCGCAAAUUAACAAAUCUAUUGGAAUCUACUGUCCGCUCAAACCUCUUGGAUGCUCUGGAUUGGGAUACUGUCAGGAUCGGACACACUGCCCGUAAAUUGUAUGCGGGUCACUUGGGCACUCGGAUCUCAUUGGGUCAGUACUUGAGGCUGACACGAAAGUUUGUGGCAGCAUUUAGUCAACAUAAACAGGAGACCGCCGCCGCCGCUGCUUCAGAGGCUAAAGAUGAAGAAUUGAGCAAUGGAGGCAGUGCAACAGCAACUGAUUCAUUGACGAUGAAGAGACCUGUCAAGAUGGACCCUGAGACUGUGCAGAAGAUGGAUGCUUUGGCCCACGAUCUUGCUGAUUAUCAAAACCAAUUGGACUUUUACCAUCUCAAGGAUUAUCGUAUUAAGCAGGGAAUGACUUCUGCUAAAGUCCUUAUUGGCAAACUCAUCCAACGGUUUCUUCUCGCGUGCCUUCUGUCUACUAUUUGCAUACCUGGACUAUUCCUCUGGGCACCAGUCUUUAUCGCUGUCAGAUAUCAAGAAAGACAGAUUCGCAAAAAGGGCCCGCUUGAGGAUAAUUUGGAUGAGAUUGCACAGUAUAAGCUAAUGAUUGCGACAUUCUUCCUGCCAGUGAUUUGGGGUUUCUGGGUCCUUGUGACUUUGCCAAUUGCCUUGAUCACUGGUCCUGCAAUUAUCGCUCUCAUGUGGCUGACGAUUCGCUGGCUUGAGGAUUUAAUCCACAAUGCAAAGUCAAUGUUAUCGUUAUUACGAUUAUUAUUCAUGACUGAAGAUACCAUGGUUUCAUUACAAACUUACCGUGAGGAAUUAGCAGAGCGCGUACAUGAGUAUGCGGUACAGUAUUUGAAGCUGCCAGAAGAUCCAGAGGAUCUGGUCAAGGAGAACAAGACUAUUAAGGGUAACAGUGGAUGGUUAGGUCGGUUAUCUGGAAGUUACUUUUCAAUUAAACGAAGGAGAAGAAAGGAUUGGAAUGAAGUCAUGCGUUUGCAUGAUGUUACAAAGUAUGGUUGAGUGGGUAAAAGGAAGAAACGAGAAAAUAUUGGCAAAUAAGUUCUGGUUGAUAAGAUGAAAUGAAAUAAAAAACGUCCGAU